UAAAGACAAGAAAAGCUGCAAGUCCAUGGAACAAAGUGAGCGGACCGCUUUUUGCAAUAUUACAGCACGGAAACAUUGAACAGUUGAGAUAUUUCUUAACACGUUACAAUCACGCGCGUCUAUGAUGAUGCAAAGCGGAAGAGAUUUAAUGCUUCGAGCUGUUUGAUAUAAAGAUGAAGUCACACGUUCCUUUCGUUUUAAUAAGCUUGUUUGUUCUGACAGUAUUUUCUGUGCUGGCAGAUUCACGCUCAUUUUCCAUUGACUAUGAGAACAACUGCUUCCAAAAGGAUGGAAAACCAUUCCAGUACAUCUCAGGAAGCAUCCACUAUUCCCGCAUCCCUCGGGAUUACUGGAAGGACAGACUGCUCAAGAUGUACAUGACUGGACUCAAUGCUAUUCAGGUUUAUGUGCCGUGGAACUUCCAUGAGACUAUACAGGGGGCGUUUAACUUUGCAGGAGACAGAGAUCUGGAGUACUUCUUGAACCUGGCCAACCAGACAGGGCUGUUAGUCAUCCUGCGGCCAGGGCCAUACAUCUGUGCAGAAUGGGAAAUGGGAGGUUUGCCUGCCUGGUUGCUACACAAACCGAACAUUAUCCUUCGUUCAGCUGACACAGAGUAUUUACAGGCAGUGAGCGACUGGUUGGCUGUCCUGCUCACUAAAAUGAAACCAUGGCUUUAUCAGAAUGGAGGAAAUAUUAUCAGUGUGCAGGUAGAGAAUGAAUACGGCAGUUACUUUGCUUGUGAUUAUAACUAUAUGCGGCAUCUUCACACUCUGUUCCAUUUGUUCCUGGGAGAGGACGUCAUCCUCUUUACUACUGAUGGAAACACAGACAAAGAGAUGAUCUGUGGCACACUCGAGGGCCUGUACGCUACUAUAGACUUUGGGACAGACACCAAUAUCACUACAGCCUUUAAUCGACAAAGAAGAUUUGAACCUAAAGGUCCACUGGUAAAUUCUGAGUUCUACACGGGUUGGUUGGAUCAUUGGGGAGACAAACAUGCUUCUGUGGACACUGAGAAAGUGAGCAAAAUGCUGGGAGAAAUGUUAGUCAUGGGUGCCAGUGUCAACAUGUACAUGUUUGAGGGAGGAACCAACUUUGGUUACUGGAAUGGAGCUGAUUAUGAUACCAGAUUCCGGUCUGUGGUGACCAGUUAUGAUUAUAAUGCACCUUUAUCAGAGGCUGGAGAUCCUACAGACAAACUGCUUGCAAUUAGAGACGUUAUUAAGACUUUUCGUGAUAUCCCAGUUGGUCCCAUGCCACCAGCCACCCCAAAGCUAUCUUACGGUUUUGUGACUCUACUAAAGGUUGGUAACAUUAGUAGCUUGUUGGAUACACUGUCACCCCAGGGUCCAGUUCGAUCUCAAUAUCCUUUAACUUUUGAAGAGGUUAAACAGUACUACGGCUUCAUGCUUUACCGAACAACACUGCCACGGAACGUUCCUGAGCCGACCCCUCUCAUCUCGCCCCUCAAUGGCAUCCGUGACCGUGCAUACGUCUCUGUGAAUGGGGUGAGCAGACCACUUGUUAAGGUGUACCAGGGGUUCCUGGAGAGGGACACUACACUGGUGAUGAAUGUUACUGGAAGACAAGGAGAUCAGUUGGACAUUCUUGUGGAAAACAUGGGCAGGGUUAAUUUUGGAACUUAUAUCAAUGAUAAUAAGGGUCUCCUGGGCAACCUCAACCUUGGUAAUGACGUCCUCACUGAUUGGUUAAUCUACCCAUUAGACAUUAAUACUGCAGUAGCCAGUGGCUGGCUACAGUCAGAUCACUCAGAGGUUCCACCAGGUCCAGAGCUGGAACCAGGAGAUGGACCAAUGAUCUACUCAGGAACCUUAAAGACCAAAGGUCUAGAAUGGGACUCUUUUUUAAAACUUAAUGGAUGGACUAAGGGUCAGGUGUGGGUAAACAGUGUAAAUCUGGGAAGGUAUUGGCCCCAGAGGGGUCCCCAGCAGACGCUGUAUGUCCCCGGACCUUUCCUUAGUGCCACUCAGCCAAACAACAUCACAAUACUGGAGCUUGAAAGAGCUCCAUCACAUGGCAGAAUUCUGUUUAUGGAUCGACCUCAGCUGGACAACACUGGACAGAAGACAUGAGAACACUAAUAUUGCACUGGAAAGCCUCGUCCACUCUUCAAUGUAGCACGACUACAAACAACUGAAAGAAGGUUUCAUGUUGUCUUCAUAAGCCAUCAUAACACUGUGGUUUGUGUCAUAUUACUCAAUAUUUAGCACAGUUUACUGGUCUGUUGAUGGCUCAGGAAAUGACACAAAAACAGCUCGUUUUAGUAUGACAAAAAUUCGCUUCAAAUAAGAUGAAUUAUAUCACAAUAUCAUGAUGUAAGAUAUUUUGAAAAAAUAAAGUUGGUUUAAGAUAUGUUUCUUCUGUUAACUUUGCUACUUGUUGC